AUGUCUGGCCCGUACUCGACCAUUGCCUACUCCAUGCCCAUGGCGGUCCCCUCCAAGGGGAACCAGUACCCCACUUACAGCCAGUACUCCAUCUCGCCCCCGGAAUGCGACGACUCCAUCAGCUCGGCGUCUGGAGUCCCGUCAUACAGCAACAGCGGCUACUCGGCCACCACGGCCAGCUACAUCGGCAGCUCUAGCGGCGACUACGACAGCACCGGCUCUGCUAGCGGCGUCGACUUCCAGGAGUACAUGCAGGAGCGCUUCGCCAACUCGUUUAAUCCCAUUCCCCUGGACCGCAGCAUGGCGGUCCAAGCGCAGUCAUCUGGAAAGCUCAACGCCAAGCACCGCGAGCUCGUUGAGCUGCAGAAGCAGGCGCAGGCCCGCCUCGCGAGGACGCGCGAGCGCUUCCAGGAGGGGAUGCGCGAUGCGCGCGAGGUGCGCGGGGAUCUGGAGUGGACACAGAAGAAAGUCUCCUCGCUCCAAUCAAAGGCCUCGCGCAAGCACCCCAAGGAUUACAGCAAGGCUCGCGCGCGAUACCCGUCUCCCGAGUAUUGA